UACUCUUUCCUGCGUUAUCGUCCUCGACCCCAAAUCAACUAGGGUUUUGCUUAUCGCAGGGUUUUCGCCUUUCACCAUUUCCGCUCAGAGACAUGUCUUCUCUAAUGGCGAUUCGUUGCGCGCGUACCCAGAGUAUCAUCACAGUAGGUUCUCUUCUUCAGGUACGCUCUUCUCUCCCCCAUCUAUCCUCUCGAUUCGCCGUGAACCCAACCUCGAGCAAAAACCUUAGCACAUCCGCCGCCGCGGGUGAUUACCACCGGAAUCCUCACUCCGUCGCAUCUUAUCCUCCGCCGCAACGGCAGAAUCCAUCCCCGGGGUUCGAUUCUCAGCGUUUUCAAAAUCAUUCAAACACUGAUCAUCAUCGAGCUCCUCAGAGGUACAACCCUAACCAGAGUCCUCAACACGGCCGCGGCGGAGCAUCUGGUUACAAUCAGGUCAAUUAUCAGAAUCAGAAUGUUCAGCAAAACGCCAAUCAGAGCAACGAGAUAGCCCCAACUGUGGAAGAGAUAGUCCGUUUGUGCAAGCUCAGGAGAUUCAAAGACGCUAUCGAGCUGCUCGAUAAGGGAGCUCUCCCUGACAAAGACUGCUUCUCUUUACUCUUCGAGUCUUGCGCCAAUCUGAAAUCUCUCGAGCAUUCCAAGAAGGUGCACGAUCAUUUCCUCCGGUCCGUCUUCAGAAGCGAUCCGAAGCUGAACAACGUGGUGAUCAGUAUGUUCGGGGAGUGUAGCAGCGUCACUGACGCCAAGAGAGUGUUUGAUCACAUGGCUGACAAAGAUAUGGACUCUUGGCACGUGAUGAUGCGUGUGUAUAGCGACAACGGGAUGGGAGAUGACGCGUUGCAGCUGUUCGAGGAGAUGACGAAACAGGGGCUGAAGCCCAACGAGGAGACGUUCGUUAAUGUCUUCUUGGCUUGUGCUACUGUGGGUGGGAUAAAGGAAGCGUUUUUGCAUUUCGAUUCGAUGGAGAACGAGUUCGGGAUUAGCCCCAGGACGGAGCAUUUCUUGGGUGUUUUAGAUGUUCUUGGAAAAUGCGGGCAUCUCGUUGAGGCGGAGCAGUAUAUCCUCGGCCUUCCUUUUGAAGCCACAGCUGAUUUCUGGGAAGCUAUGAGGAGCUAUGGUAAGAUCCAUGGAGAUAUCGAUUUAGAGGAUUACGCGGAGGAGUUGAUGGUUGAUCUUGACCCUUCGAAGGCUGUGACCAACAAGAUUCCAACCCCUCCGCCCAAAUCAUACAGGGAGACGAGUAUGCUCGCUAGUAGGAGUAGGAUUCUCGAGUUUCGGAAUCUGACUUAUUACAAGGAUGAAGCUAAGGAGAUGGAUGCGAAGAAGGGAGCGGUUUAUGUUCCAGACACGAAAUGUGUUCUGCAUGACAUUGACGAGGAGGCUAAAGAACAGGCGCUGCUCUACCACAGCGAGAGGUUAGCGAUUGCUUAUGGUGUCAUAUGCACCCCGCCUCGGAAGUCCCUCACAAUCAUCAAGAAUCUCCGUGUGUGUAACGACUGUCACAACUUCAUCAAGAUCAUGUCCAAAAUCAUUGGUAGAACGUUGAUUGUGAGAGACAACAAGCGUUUCCAUCACUUCAGUGACGGCAAAUGUUCUUGUGGUGAUUACUGGUAGAGCUCACAGGUUCUUGAGUGGCGUGUUCCCAUCAUGUAUAGCGCUCCAAAGUCUCCAGAACUCUGCUUGAUGUUGGGAAUUGAAAUAGUAUUUGCUAUGCUGUAACAAAUUUCAUUUGCUUUAGACCUUUUACUUGAGGUAUUAAGUUUGUGUUUCUCGUAUUAUGGCAUAACAUUGGAGAUGUCGGUUUAAAGUUGCAAGAAUUCAUGUUUUUCUUAAAAAGAA